AUGUCACACUCCAAUACAAAAUACUACCGCGCAAAAGCAUUUGUCUUUGACCUUGCUGGUACAUUGAUUGAUACAACUCCUCUUGUCAAUCGCUUCUGGAGACAGUUUGCUCUUGAGAACGGCGUUGAUGGAGACAAGAUCCUUGCUACUUCCCAUGGCGUUCGUACGAUCGAGACCAUGGCCAAAUGGACUCCUCAUAGAGCAACAGAAGAGCAUGCCCAAGACUUUGAACGAAAACUAGCCGAAGAUUCGGACGGUGUGAGUCUCUUGCCUGGUGUGUCUACCUUAUUACAGAAACUUCCGCAUGGCAAAUGGGCUAUUUGUACUGCUGGCAAUAGCUAUAUGGCAAAAAAGCGUCUAGAACAAUGUGAUAUAGACCUACCUGAAGUCCUUGUUUGUGGAGAUAUGGUAUCGCAUGGUAAGCCUCAUCCAGAGCCAUAUCUCAAAGCCAUUGAAAAACUGGGGUUUAAACCAGAAGAAGUGAUUAUUUUCGAAGACGCACCUGCUGGUGUCAAGUCCGCAAAAGCAGCUGGAGCACAAGUCAUUGCUUGUAAAACAACACAUAGUCUGGAACAACUCAAGGAAGCAGGCGCACACGAAGUGAUUGAGUUGUUAACAGACAUUGAUUUUGUCACUCUUCCUGACGCUUCUUUUGAAGUACAAGUCAAAAACACACUUUAG